UAAACUGCGCAGGAUGAAAUGCGCGAAAUGUUAGCAUGUCGUCUUGUUAUAUAUAUUGUUAUAAAAGAUUUGAAAGUAGUGAUAAAGUAACGUAGGUUUCCUGUUUAUAAUGAUUUUAUGUUGAUUAUUAGAUAUGGCCGAGACUUUUGAGAAAGAAUUGCUACGUAGGAGAGUGUAUUAUGCUGCCAGAGACGGUAUGCUCGUAACGGUGUAUGCGUUGUUAGCAGACAGACCUAGGGUGGAACUCUCAGAAUAUUUAGAAUAUUCGAUUGAAGAAAAUGGCCAUAAGUGUACCCCGCUCAUUAUAGCUGCUAAAAAUGGACACAAUAACAUAAUAGAGAUGUUACUUAACAAGUUUAAAGCUAAUGUAGAACAGGAGGGGACUGUACAGUUUGAUGGUUACGUUAUCGAAGGAGCUACGCCGUUGUGGUGUGCAGCCGGAGCCGGCCACUUGAAUGUGGUCAAGUGCCUGGUCAACUACGGUGCCAACGUCAAUCAUCCCACGCGCACUAAUUCCACGCCGUUACGUGCCGCCUGCUUCGACGGACGUCUGGACAUUGUCAAAUAUCUGGUAGAUAACGGAGCAGAUAUCCAUAUUGCCAAUAAGUAUAACAACACUUGCUUGAUGAUUGCAUCUUAUAAAGGUCAUCAUGACGUAGUGAACUAUCUGCUGGAGAGAGGUGCCGAUCCGGACGUGAGAGCCCACUGUGGUGCUACGGCUCUUCAUUUUGCAGCAGAGCAGGGUCAUCUGGAAAUUGUAAAGGAGUUACUUCGGAAUGGUGCCACUGUUAUGAAGAAUGUAGUCGGAAUGACGCCGGUGUUGGCAGCUGCCGAAAGGACGAAAUCCGAAGUGGUCGAAUAUUUUAUUAAUCAGAGUUGGUGUUCUAAAAUUAACAAGAUAGAAGCUUUAGAAUUGCUUGGUGCUUCCUAUGCUAAUGAUAAAGAUCAUUAUAGCCUAACAAAAGCAUUCUACUAUCUUUCUUGGGCCAUGAAGGAACGUUUUUUGGAUAGACUCGAUCCAAUUCCCAAAAAGUUAAUCCCCCCAAUUCCUGCAUAUGAAAAUAGAAUAGAAUGCCAGACUUUAGAAGAACUGAAUGCAAUUCAGUUUAAUCCUAAUGCACUUCACAUGGAAUCAUUAGUUAUUAGAGAGAGAAUUUUGGGGCCUAACAAUCCAGAAGUACCUCAUCCUGUGAUAUUUCGUGGUGCUGUGUUUGCCGAUAAUGCAAGGUUUGAUAGAUGUAUACAACUUUGGUUGCAUGCCUUGAGAUUACGCCAUGGGAAUCAUGUUACUGUUCGUAAAGAUCUUCUAAGAUUUGCACAAGUAUUUUCACAGAUGAUUCAUAUAGGAAUUGAUCUUCCUUUUGAGUACAAUGAAGAAGUAAUUGAAACUGCUGUGGAAGAAUUAGAAAGAAACGUUCAGUCUUUGUGUAAUUGUGGUGAGGGUAUGAUGGAGUCUCAACAAGAGGAUUUAGAAUAUAAUGUACAUACGGUACUGUAUUUAUUAGUAAUUGUAACUAAAUUCUUAAAGAAAUGUACUAAAGAACAAGAAACACAUAUUUAUCAACUUGUUUAUAGACUUAACCGUUUGGCACUCUCGACACGCAACAAUUCGACGCUUCUGCAUCUCACGGUGAAUGCCGACACGCCCGUCGACGAUUUCCACACCAAGAACGUCUGUAGAUUUCCUUGUGCAGCAACAGCCAGACUACUUAUACAGUGUGGAGCAGACGUUAAUGCCAUCGACGACAAGAGAAAUACACCUCUACACAUAAUUGUGGGUUAUCAGAAACCAAUUAGUGAUUUUCUCACGUUGCAUUCAAUAAUAACAGCAUUAAUCGAAGCCGGAGCUCACAUGGAUUCUGUAAAUAAUAAUGGCGAGACUCCCUUCGAUGCAGCAACGACGGGAGUUGCCGAAAUCAUACUUAGAACUCAAGCCAAGUUAAGUUUGAAAUGUAUAGCAGCAAAAGCAGUGAAGAAAUUUAACCUUACUUACGAAGGCCACGUGCCAGAGACGUUAGUGGGUUUCAUCGAAAUGCACGGAGUUCCUUCGAAACCUCUACUAAGGCAAAUUAGUUAAUGUUUUAGUUUUUGUUAAAUUAUUUAAAUUAUAUAAAGUGUCAAUUACUAUUAUGGUUUUAUUGACAGCGUGUUGAGUCAAAUUGUAAAAAAA